GCGGAGCAGGAGCGGCAGCGGCAGCGGCGCAGCGCCCGGGCCGAGUCGGCAUCAGCUGGGAGGGGAGUUCGGGGGCUGCGACGACAGCAGGAAAUAGUUCCUCAAAAUGGAAGACGGGAAGCCUGUGUGGGCUCCACAUCCAACAGAUGGGUUUCAGAUGGGAGUGAUUGUUGACAUUGGACCAGACAGCUUAACUAUUGAACCUGUUACUCAAAAAGGCAAGACCUUUCUUGCAGCAAUCAACCAAGUAUUUCCUGCAGAGGAAGACAGCAAGAAGGAUGUGGAGGAUAACUGUUCACUGAUGUAUUUAAAUGAAGCCACACUUUUACACAACAUAAAAGUUCGAUACAGUAAGGACAGAAUUUAUACAUAUGUAGCCAACAUCCUGAUAGCUGUGAACCCUUACUUUGAUAUACCUAAACUCUACUCAUCAGCAACAAUUAAAAAUUACCAAGGAAAAUCUCUUGGAACGCUGGCACCCCAUGUCUAUGCAAUUGCUGAUAAAGCAUUUCGUGACAUGAAAGUACUCAAGAUGAGUCAGUCGAUCAUCGUGUCUGGAGAGUCGGGAGCUGGCAAGACAGAAAACACUAAAUUUGUUUUACGGUAUUUAACUGAAUCCUAUGGUAGUGGGCAAGAUAUUGAUGAAAGAAUUGUUGAAGCCAAUCCACUUCUAGAAGCAUUUGGAAAUGCAAAGACUGUUCGUAACAACAACAGUAGUCGCUUUGGAAAAUUCGUGGAAAUCCAUUUCAAUGAAAAGAAUUCAGUGGUUGGUGGGUUUGUGUCCCAUUAUCUGCUGGAGAAAUCCAGGAUCUGUGUUCAAGGCAAAGAAGAAAGGAAUUACCAUAUCUUCUAUAGGCUGUGUGCUGGAGCACCUGAAGAAAUAAGGGAGAAAUUGUACCUAAGUUCACCAGAUAAUUUUAGGUAUUUAAAUCGUGGCUGCACUCGAUAUUUUGCUACCAAAGAAACGGAUAAGCACAUCUUACAGAAUCGUAAAAGUCCUGAGUACCUGAAGUCAGGCUCUCUGAAGGAUCCACUGCUGGAUGACCAUGGGGACUUCAACAGGAUGUGCACUGCCAUGAAGAAGAUCGGCUUAGAUGAUGGAGAGAAGCUGGAUCUCUUCCGAGUGGUGGCUGGUGUUCUGCACCUGGGAAAUAUCAAUUUUGAAGAAGCUGGCAGCACAUCCGGUGGAUGCACGCUGAAGAAUAAAUCCACCCAGUCCCUGGAAUACUGUGCAGAGCUGCUUGGUUUGGACCAGGACGAUCUGCGCGUUAGCUUAACUACACGAGUCAUGCUGACAACAGCAGGGGGCACCAAAGGAACGGUGAUCAAAGUACCACUGAAAGUAGAACAAGCAAACAAUGCUCGUGAUGCUCUGGCAAAAACAGUCUAUAGCCACCUCUUCGACCAUGUAGUCAACAGGGUAAACCAGUGUUUUCCUUUUGAGACAUCAUCUUGUUUCAUUGGGGUUCUGGAUAUUGCAGGUUUUGAGUAUUUUGAACACAACAGCUUUGAACAGUUUUGCAUUAACUAUUGUAAUGAGAAGCUGCAGCAGUUCUUUAAUGAAAGGAUCCUCAAAGAGGAACAAGAACUUUACCAGAAGGAAGAUUUGGGUGUCAAUGAAGUUCACUAUGUAGAUAACCAAGACUGUAUAGAUUUGAUUGAAGGAAAAUUAAUAGGUAUUCUUGAUAUUUUGGACGAAGAAAACCGCCUUCCUCAACCAAGCGAUCAGCACUUUACAUCAAUGGUACACCAGAAGCACAAAGACCACUUCAGACUCUCAAUACCCAGGAAGUCCAAAUUGGCUGUUCACAGAAAUGUCCGAGAUGAUGAGGGCUUUAUUGUCAGGCAUUUUGCAGGAGCAGUGUGCUAUGAGACAACCCAGUUCGUGGAGAAAAACAAUGAUGCUCUGCAUAUGUCUCUGGAGUCCCUUAUAUGUGAAUCCAAAGAUAAAUUUAUCCGGCAGCUCUUUGAAUCCAACACUAACAACAACAAGGACCAGAAACAAAAAGCAGGAAAACUCAGUUUUAUCAGUGUGGGAAACAAAUUCAAGACUCAGCUAAACCUGCUGCUGGAGAAGCUUCGUAGUACUGGGUCUAGCUUUAUUCGCUGCAUCAAGCCUAAUUUGAAGAUGACAAGUCACCAUUUUGAAGGUGCCCAGAUCCUUUCUCAGCUCCAGUGUUCAGGCAUGGUGUCUGUUCUGGAUUUGAUGCAAGGUGGCUUCCCAUCCCGAGCCUCAUUCCAUGAACUGUAUAACAUGUAUAAAAAGUAUAUGCCUGCAAAGCUGACCCGUUUGGAUCCUAGACUCUUCUGCAAGGCACUCUUCAAAGCUCUUGGGUUAAAUGAGAAUGAUUAUAAGUUUGGAUUAACCAGAGUGUUCUUUAGACCUGGCAAGUUUGCAGAAUUUGAUCAAAUAAUGAAGUCUGACCCAGAUCAUCUGGCUGAGCUGAUUAAGCGUGUCAACCACUGGCUCAUCUGCAGUCGCUGGAAGAAGGUUCAGUGGUGUUCUCUGUCCGUUAUUAAAUUGAAAAACAAAAUAAAAUACAGAGCCAGUGCCUGCAUUAAGAUACAAAAGACGAUUCGUAUGUGGCUGUGCAAGAAAAAGCAUAAACCACGCAUAGAUGGCCUUAUAAAGGUUCGCACACUGAAGAAAAGGCUCGAUAAAUUCAAUGAAGUAGUAAGUGCCCUGAAAGAGGGGAAGGCAGAAAUGAACAAGCAGGUCAAGGACCUUGAAAUGUCUAUUGAUGCUUUGAUGGUCAAGAUCAAGGCCACUGAGAUGCCGAGGCAGCAGAUACAAAAGGAGUAUGAUGCUCUUGUUAAAAGCUCCGAACAGCUCCUCAGUUCGCUUCAGAAGAAGAAGCAACAAGAAGAGGAGGCAGAGCGGCUGCGACGCAUCCAGGAAGAAAUGGAAAAAGAAAGGAAAAGGCUCGAGGAAGAGGAGCAACGUCAGAAGAAGGAAGAAGAGGAAAGGCGAUUAAAGUGUGAGAUUGAAGCAAAGAGGAAACAGGAGGAAGAAGAGAGGAGAAAAAGGGAAGAAGAGGAGAGACGAAUCCAGGCUGAAGUUGAGCUACAGCUGGCCAGAGAGCGCGAAGAAGCUAAUCAGCAACAGGCAGUUUUGGAGCAAGAGCGCAGAGAUCAUGAGCUGGCCCUGAGAAUUGCCCAGAGUGAAUCAGAGCUUGUUACUGAUGAAUCUCAGCAGGACCUAGGAUUGCGCAGGGGACCUUCAGUUCAAGCUACCAAAGCUGCAGCUGGCACUAAAAAACAUGACCUUAGUAAGUGGAAAUACGCAGAGCUACGUGAUACAAUCAAUACUUCUUGUGAUAUUGAACUGUUGGCGGCUUGCAGAGAAGAGUUUCACAGGCGGCUAAAAGUUUACCAUGCAUGGAAGUCUAAAAAUAAGAAGCGCAAUACAGAAAUGGAACAACGUGCUCCCAAAUCUGUGACUGACUAUGAUUUUGCACCAUUUUUGAACAACUCAACUCAACACAACCCAACAAGUCAAUUGUCUGCCAGGCAGCAGCAGGAGAUUGAAGUGAGUCGGCAACAGCGUUACUUCCGUAUCCCUUUCAUCCGCCCAGCAGACCAAUACAAGGAUCCCCAGAACAAGAAGAAAGGUUGGUGGUAUGCACACUUUGAUGGACCAUGGAUUGCGCGUCAAAUGGAACUUCAUCCUGAUAAGCCACCCAUCUUGCUAGUGGCUGGCAAGGAUGACAUGGAGAUGUGUGAGCUGAAUCUUGAAGAGACUGGCUUGACUCGUAAGCGUGGUGCUGAAAUUUUGCCGCGGCAGUUUGAAGAGAUUUGGGAGCGCUGUGGAGGCAUCCAGUACCUUCAGAAGGCAAUUGAAAGCAAGCAAGCUCGACCUACUUAUGCAACUGCUAUGCUGCAGAACCUGUUGAAAUAAAUAGUCCCUAUUCACAUUCAUGCGGUGUUUUGAGAGCCUCUCCUACUGCAACAAAGGGAGCAUGUUCCUCUGAGUAACAGAGGACACUUAAGCAUUCCAUAAUCGUAUAGAGAAGUUUAAUAUAAAGUACACAGAUUUUAUGAAUGUGAGGGUUUUAGUUUGUAUUUCUCAUGUUUGUGUAGUGAGUUCAGCUAGUUCUGUGGAUCUAAGCAUUUGUUUCAGUCAAGCAUGUGGUUUGCUUUGGUUCAUACGCUGACUCUUCCAUAUAGCGUCUGUUGUAACACUAACAAUACUGUAAUGUAAAAUUACACACUACAGGGAUUUAAGUGCAUAACUGUGAUGAGUGGUGUUUUCUCCUCUUACAGCAUCCUUUCCUUGUAAUAUCUGGUAUGUUUGUUUCUUCCAGAUAAUGUAGCAUAGAGAGCACACUGCAUCUUCUAACUGGAAUUGUGGAGGCCUUAAUCUUAACUUCUUUUGUACAGAAGUUAAAGCAGACUUUUAUAAGAAACUUUUAUGUGUGGAUUCUGAAAACCACUCAACAUCUAUAUAGGGAUUUAUGAAAAAAACAUUUUGGGAAAAAUGUCUUAGGUAGACUGCAGGGGUUCUACCGAAAACAGGGCAAUUGUGACUGAAGUACUAAACAUUAGAGAUCCAUUUUAGUACACAUUUCAGCACUUGUGUUAGUCUCUGUGUGUUGCUUUUUAAACAAUGGUUUAUUUAAAAAAAAACCCACAAAUUUCUUUAGUAGGCAAUUUGUUUUUAUCUUUCUCUCAGAAUUUCCCUGAAAGUCCUUUCUUAGAUGGGCCAAGUUAAAUAUUUCACAAAUACUACUCAAGAGAGAGUUUUCCGAAUAACAUUUAAAAGUAAAAGCAAAAAUGAAGUGGGUUCCAUUUUUUUAUGACAGCCAAGCCUAACUGGAGUAUUGGAAGUGGAAUUUUGUAGUUCCUUUGUACUUCACUAAAAUGCACAUGAAUUAGGUGGCUUCUGUCAGAAUAUUUUAGACACUUGACAAGUCUCGCAGCAAGGGAAGGUCUAAUUAUGAUACACCCCUUCAAAUGACUGAACUUCGUAGUGUUAAAGUAAUACACUUUUUCUUCUAAUCUUACAGAUCUUUUUGUAGCUAGUCUCCCGAAUUCAGCCUUUAAGUUUUUUUUUUUUGCCACAGUACCCCAAUGGUAAUUAAAAUUCUUAUGUGUAAAAAUUACUUGUUUUACACAGAUCUAAGUUGCCUUUUAUUGAUGUUGCUGGAUAGCCCUAUUGCUGGCUAAUAUCAACAGAUUAAACCUUGAUAUUACCUUAGUGUUAAGAGUUUUGAGAAAUAAAAAAGCAAUAAUUACAGGCUUCUCUUGGGGAAGCUCUCCUUUUAUUCUGUGAAAAAGAUAAUUACAUUUCCUGGCUCUGAUUUUUAGAUCUUCAAAUACACUUUCUUAACAGCAUUACCACUCCCUUCUGUUACAGCAUGGCUAGCAGAAAUAUUCUCCAUCUUGUAGCAACGGUAAAAGCCAAGUACAAAAUGCUCCUAACUGUUGGCCGUGGCAGGCAGCCACAACCACUCCAGUUUCAAUAUUAAGCCAUGUUUGAAAACUCCUUAGGCUAGUGUUAUCUCUUUCCAUCCUCAACUUACCGAAUGAUUCUCCUGAUCAGUGUGCACCAGGCAACUGUGGACCGGUGGUAGGCAUGGUUAGUUGCUCCUGAGUUAAAUUCAAUCUGUCCCUUCCUCAGCAGUUGAUGGCUGGUAUCGAAGCUAUCUUUGCUGAUGCUCCAUCAGAGGCUGCAUCUGCCAUGGUGUUCAAGCAGUGAAGACUGUGGCUUCUCUCUAGCGACUUCUUGGAAGCACUUCUGCACACUCAAUGACGGCUUUUGGCUUUCUGUCAAUCCGGCUCCCUAGCUGAAGCCUAUUUUGCUGCCCUUUAUGCUAUUCCAGAGGCCCCCGGACCCCCAGGAAUGACUUUUUAGCCCAUAAGGGCAGCAGAGAACAGUGUAAAUGCUGGCACUGUGCACAGAAUCCCACUUAGUUUGAGUUAAUUUGUGCAUCCCUGGCUUCUGGCUGUAGAGACUUGGCAACAGAAAACAUGCACCUGGUGAUACUUUUUUUUGUACAUUUAGGGCUUGAUUCAGAGGACAACCUGUGCCUAGAAUCCUGCCCUGGCACUCAGGGAAUUCUUUAAUCAAGGCAAUGUAUUGUGUAAGAUGAUUCCAUUCUGGUAUGCGUGCAUUAAUUACAGAGAGAGCUUGUCAAGUUGCCCUAGAGCAGGGGUGGGGCGGUCACAAGUGAUGAUGGAGCAGGGCUGCAAGCUAGAUACUGUAAUGGCCAGAGGGUCAAGUGGACAUGCCCCACACUGGCAGUGGCCUUGGCUAGGAUUGGCAACCCCACCCUCACCUGCACACACCUUUGUCCCCACACCCAGCUGCACACAGUCACAGCCACAUAGCCCCUUUCCCACCACUUUAUAUCUACCUCUCGCAUUUCUGAGAUCCUAUGGAAUCCUUUCUCUGCAUGUAAACUGCUGCUCCCCCAGCAAGAGAGUGCACCUGUGAGAGGGAGCCAGUAUGGGGGGCUGCUCUUGCUUGCCACCCUCCCCAGGAAAUGGUGCCACCCAGCUGUGGAGAGUGCCAUUUCGGGGGCAUGGUGGUGUGUGGGGAAGUCAUCCCUUCCCCUCUCAAUCCUGCUCCAAAUGUGCUGAACAGCUGAGGGCUGCAGAAUGGGAAUUGGGGCUCUUAGUGACAGUAGGAUCGGCUCCAAAAUAGAUGCAUGUUGAGCGCAUAUUUCGAAUCCUUAAAGGGUUUUCCUGUCUGCCAGCUUCUCAGAUGUUUGCUUAUGUUUUUAUGCCUUAACUCAUCUACAUGCCUUUCAUUUGUUUCAGAGCUUUUGUAGCCCAGAUUAAGUUAGUCAUAACUAGCUUUUUUCUUUGGUUUCAGUGUGACUGGGUGCCAAAAUAGGGGUGUUAUAAGGAACUUGUUGGUGUUCUCCCAACAGUGUGUGCAUUUGCUUUACAUUGGAAGGUAGAUAUUGGGGCUACAAGUUUAACUGGAGUGGUUGUGGAUGGGAAAGAAUUUGGUUAAUCUCUCCCUCUCCCCCCCCUUUCCUAAGCGGGCUUUCUUCCAGCUUUGGAAAAAUGCUGCAUCCUCCCUUUUGCUGCUUGGAAUGUAGUUUGGAGGACAAUUUUGGUUGGAAAAUUGACUUUCAGAAUGAAGCGUUCAGCAGCUUGUCCGACCAUUUCUGCUCUUUCACAGCUCAGAACAUCUGCCUUUCAGUGUAAAAGAAUAAACAAUAUUGAGAGACUGUUCCAUAACUGCAUCUUGCCUAGGUUGGCCCUUGAAUCACAGUGAAUUCUAGCUGAAUGGAAGCUAUGACCCCAAGUUCAUGUGUUGUUUGACCUUUUGUAUACCAAGGCACUUUACUAGUAGACUGGCUUGUUCUAGAUUUGAUGGAUUUUGUGUGUAUUAUGUCACUUGGGCACAUAACCACCUGUAAGGUGCUAAAGUUUAAGAUCAUGGGAAGGGGUAAUCAAUAAGAAACUGAUUGAACUAUGAUCCCUGCGUGUCUCAGUUUUCUUAUUAAGAGAGAGGCAUGUUCUGAAGUGCUACCUGUAUGUGUUCCAAUAUCUUCUGUAUCUUCUCAGAUUGGCUUUUGGGACAAAUAGCAUGCAUAAUUGGAAACCUUGCUUCAGCCUUGUGUGAGUGUGUGUGUACAACCUCUGAACAAGGGAGAGCUAAGAUUUAUACAUUUAUGAAGCAUUCAUAAUUGGUGCAAUCCAUCCGGAUCUGGAAAUCUUGAGCCUCUGAACAAAAUGUAUCCUAGAAAGUGGUCAGUUAGAUAAACCAAUACUUGCCUUUGGUGGUGGCAUGUAUUCAGCAGUUAGUUGGGCUGGUGAAUACAGAAUCUUACCCUCUAUAUGUUCCAGCUUGAUGUGUAUACUACCAAGAAAAUAAUAGAAUAAGUUUCUUUCUCAGGAAAAGGUAUGUGGAGCUAUCUGUUGCAGAUAAAAAAGGUUUCCUGCUUUUUCCUUACUCAUGAUUUUUCUGAUGUGGAAACCCCAGGAAGACUGAUGUACAAAUGCAUGUAAUCACUUGAUUGUGCUUGAGUAUGACACAUUUGGUCUGAGAGAAAGUUAAUUAGUAUCGAAGUUCUCCCUGUACUGCUGAUUUAGGGUGGCUGUUGUACAUGUUUAGGCCAUCAUGUUCCGGUUGCAGUCACUGGGUAAUGGAAAUACAGAUGUGAACCUACCUAUCCUCAGGAUGUAGCAGGCCAGGUCAUGGGACUGACAACACAAACAUCCAUGCAAGUUGCACUUCAGAAAAUCGCAGUGUCAUUAACAUUCCAUUGGAAAUUUGCUCAUCUUCUGUAGUUGUAUCUAUUUUGUCUCUGGCUUAUUUCUCCCUAAACUGUUCAAACUAGUUUGUCAAAUAACCUUAAUUAUGUAAUGAAAAUUGCAACAAAAUAAAUUAAUUCUGUUGA